GCGCAAGUGCAAGAGAAAGAGAAGAGAGGGCCAACGGAGAGUAAGUGCCCAACAAGGACGGACCGGGGCCCCAGGAUUGGCUCACAGACUGACGGACAGCUGGAAUGAGAGAAGCAGUGAUGGAGUCCAUGUGGCCAAUGUGUCUCCUACUCCUGCUCUCUGUACAACCCCAACCCAGCUGCUCCUUUCAAGGCCUGACUUGCGUUAAUGACUACAUCAACAAAACCACCUGUUACUGGAGCAACUCAGGAAUAGGUCCUGAAGUAGACUGUGGUCUCUGUGGAAGAACACGAAUAUCCAAAGAAAAAAUCAUAUUGAGCAGUUGUGAUCUAAAGCCCAUGGAGCAUCACCACCACACCGUACGAAGUUGCCAGCUUGUUUUUGCCACUGUGUUCAGUUCUCUCCACAGAUUAACUAUUACCUUAAAGUGUGAGAACUCCACCGUUGCAGUUUUAGAAGACUACCGCCCAGCCAGGAAUAUAAAAAUGAAUGCCCCUGGUAGACCCAUCAUCUCCAAGUACAACAUCUCCUGGAGUCUCGGCACACCUCAAUCAAGAUAUAUAAUGAAGUACUCUUUCCAGAUGCAAUACAAGAAAUCAGCCCAGCUAUGGCAGAAUGCAGUGUCCAGGAAUAUUAGCAACCGGCAGAUGUCAGUAGAGUUGAAUGAGGACAUGUUGGAGAAGGGACAAUGGUAUGAGGCCAGGGUUCGAAUCAAGCCUGAUGAGGGCACUGGCCUCAAAGGGGAGUGGAGCAGCUGGAGCCCUGUUGCAUCCUGGAGGUCAGAGGUCGGGAGGUCACCUGCACAAGACACCAUCCCUCCUGGUAUAGUGCAGGGCUCGGUGUUGGGGCUGAUCGUAGGACCGGUGGCUGCUGUUGCUGUGCUGCUGCUCCUCAUCACCUGCAAGUGGCACGGAACCAGCUGGUUUUAUAAGCUGCAGUUCCCACAUGUGCCCAACCCCUCCACGUUCUUUGAUGCUCUUAACACCAUUCAUGGAGGAAACUUCCAGAAAUGGCUGAGCCCCAUGUUUGACCCGGAAUCAUUUGAAGUCCCCCAGUGUUUUGACGACAUCUCCCCUGUGGAGGUGUCCAAAGCCAAGGACGUCACCGCCCUGCUCUACAAGGAGCACAGCAGAAGCCCUGCGGAGCACUGGGACAGCAGUGCAGGGUCUUCCUGCUUCUCCAACAUGGGCUACUUCUACUCCAAGUACCCAGGCUCUUACGAGAUAGACGCAUGUCCAGUAUAUUUCAGCUACCAAGCAGAAGAGGGGUGUGCAGAGGAAGAGGGGGGUGGGGAAGGGGUGAUACUCGAUGACGGCCCUCUCCAAACCAGCUCCUCCUACGAGUGUCUGGAGCAACUGGGAGAACUCCAUGGGGAGCCGCAACACCCAGAUCCAGGCUGCAGGGUAGGGAAUGAGGACCAGGAAAGCUGUGAGGAGGAGAAGGCUGAGGACGGUCCAAAGGAAAUGGGUGACUCUUCUCCUCCUGCAAUCGUUCUCCCUUUGAGCCUUCCUGGUCAGAUGCCCUUCUCUUCCUCUCUGUUUCCCCAUCACCUUCCCGGCUUCCCACAGCCCCCCCUCGCAUUCCAAGGGUUUGACUCUGGUACGGCAGCUGGCAGCAGUGACACCUCAUGUCCACUAGAGGGUAGAUCCUCUUCAGUGACAUUUGCACCAUCUAGUGGUGGGUACGUGUCAGUAAAAGACAUGCAGGACACAUACUGCAACAAGUCCAUCUGA